AUCUCCAAAAAAAAUCUACCACCUUAUCUUCUCAUUUUUCUCUCCUAACCCAAGUGUUUUCACAUACUACUAGAACCAACAUUUUUGUGAACUUUUGAUUAAAAUUUUUUGAGUGUUUAUUAUUAUUGAUUUUUGGGGUGUGUUUUUAAAGAUUAUGAAGAUUCAAUGUGAUGUGUGUGAGAAAGCACCAGCAACUUUGAUAUGCUGUGCUGAUGAAGCUGCUUUGUGUGCAAAAUGUGAUGUUGAAGUUCAUGCAGCCAAUAAGCUUGCUAGCAAACAUCAAAGGCUGUUAUUGCAAACAACAUUUUCUAAUAAGCUCCCUCCUUGUGAUAUUUGCCAAGAGAAAACGGCCUUUAUUUUCUGCGUAGAGGAUCGUGCUUUGUUUUGUCGAGACUGUGACGAACCAAUCCAUUCGGCUGGCAGCCUUGCUGCCAACCACCAGCGUUUCUUAGCCACUGGGAUCCGGGUGGCUCUUAGCUCGGGUUCUGCCCAAGAGCCCGAGAAGAACCACCCUGAGCCGCCACCACCAUCAUCCAACAAGAAUGUCGACGUCCCACAAACCGUUCCCAUGAAAUCCGCACCACAACAGAUUUCUGGAUACAAUUCACCACCAUCUUGGCCUGUUGAUGAUCUCCUUCAAUUUUCAGAUUUCGAAUCAUCUGACAAGAAAGAACAUCUCGAAUUUGGAGAGCUCGAGUGGUUAAGUGACUAUGGCAUGUUUGGCGACGAAGCGGCUGAAGUUCCUCAACUUCCAUCAACUCACUCUAUCAACAACGCCUCGUACAAACAAAACAAGCUCUAUGUCCCACAUCUCAAGAAGCCGAGAUAUGAAUUACCUCACCUUGAUGAGGACGAUGAAGAGCAUUUCACCGUCCCUGAUCUUGGUUAGACUCCAAGAUACGCCUACAAAUUAUCCGUAUUUUACCAAAAAAAAAGAAAGUAUUUCUUUGGUCCUCGUAUUGUUGGAUAACUGCGUUUUGGUCAACUCGCUACUACAGUUAUUUGUUUACCCUGUCUUUUACGUACGUACCCGUCGGUUUCAGCCGUUUGCUAAGCUAAUAUGCGUUAGAAAAUGUGAAAUGUUUGUUCGAAAGUAUGAGCAAUGAUAAACAUGAAUUUGAAGGUUAGUUAUGACUUAUAAUAGUUGAAUGGUGAAAAUGUACUUAUAUGAAUAAUACGAGGGCCAAAUAGGUACUUUUGUAUCCAUAUUUCAUCAUGCCUUGUAAAAUGCAAAUGUUGUUUAUACAGUA